AUGGCGGCCCUCAGGAGUCGAGUAGGUCUGUGCAUUCUCCUGACAGGUUCUGGGGGUACGAAGCGGAUCUGUUUCCGGGCCCGAACUGAGCCCCGGCUCGGUUCCCUACUCCAACCGCUGCUCCGGCCCUUCGAGGUGGGGCUGCCAUCCCGCGGGCUCGGCUCCGAGGCUGCAGCAUCUGGUAGCUCGGAGAUCAAGAAACCUGCAUUUAUGGAUGAGGAAGUCCAGAGCAUACUCAUUAAGAUGACAGGCUUGAACUUGCAGAAGACCUUUAAGCCAGCUAUACAAGAACUGAAGCCACCAACCUAUAAGCUAAUGACCCAGGCACAGUUGGAAGAGGCUACAAGACAGGCAGUUGAAAUAGCUAAGGAACGGUUAAAAAUGCCACCAGUUCUGGAAGAGCGAGCACCAAUAAAUGAUGUGUUAGCUGAAGAUAAAAUCUUGGAAGGAACAGAAACACACAAAUAUGUGUUUACUGAUAUAACAUACAGCAUACCACACCGGGAGCGUUUUAUCGUUGUCAGAGAACCAAGUGGCACGCUACGCAAAGCCUCUUGGGAAGAACGGGACCGGAUGAUACAAGUUUAUUUCCCAAAAGAAGGUCGUAGAAUUUUGACACCUGUAAUUUUCAAGGAGGAAAACAUUAAGACCAUGUACAGCAAGGACCGGCAUGCUGAUGUCCUCAAUCUCUGUGUUGCCCAGUUUGAGCCAGACUCUGCUGAGUAUAUAAAGGUUCAUCACCAGACCUAUGAAGAUAUAGAUAAACAUGGAAAGUAUGACCUUUUACGCUCAACAAGACACUUUGGUGGAAUGGCUUGGUAUUUUGUAAAUAAGAAAAAGAUUGAUGGUUUGCUGAUUGACCAGAUUCAGAGAGAUUUAAUCGAUGAUGCCACCAGCUUGGUCCACCUGUAUCACAUACUCCAUCCAGAUGGCCAGUCCGCUCAAGAGGCCAAAGAGCAGGCUGCUGAAGGAGUAAAUUUAAUUAAGGUCUUUGCAAAAACAGAAGCACAGAAGGGAGCGUAUAUAGAAUUAACACUGCAAGCUUAUCAAGAAGCAUUCGUUAGCCAUUCUGCAGCUUCCUGAAAUAUUUUUUAAAACACAUUUCAUUUUACUAAAUACUACCUUU